AGCUUAUGCCAAAGACAGUGCCAGGUUGAAAGCCAUGAAAUGAAUGAAGUUUCCUUUUCACAUUUUCCAUUAACACUGAGAGAGAUAGAAGCUACAUCAAGUGAGUGGCUGCUUGCUAAUCAAUUUGAGGAAAUUAUCUGGAAGUGGGACACUUACAGCAAUAGUAAGGAAAACAGCCUAUUGCAUGUGAUAUCCAAAGCUAAUUCAUCACUAUGCAGGUUACCACAAUGCCUUUCAGUAUUACAGCCACUCAUUAUGAAGCUAAAAAAAUGAAAAGUUGUUUUUUUUAGGCAACAGGCACUUCGAAGAUUUGAAGCGUGCAGCUACAACAUACAUGUAUCAGAAGAGACAUCGAUACGUUAAUCUCAGGGACUGGCACAGCAUGGCCGGUAACACCACAACGAGAAAAGCAGUCAUUAAGCCAUCUAUGCCACGCAUUGUUGGUUGGCAUACAGCAGCCCCACAGAACCACGCUGAAAUAAUAAUGUAUGAGAACCUCCCCUUUGUCUACGGCUGCUACACAUCACCUAAAGUAGCAUUGGUGAGUUUCCUUCGAGCUCUAAAAAUAGUGGACCACUACUCUAAAAAAAAAAAAUCCAUUCUCGGCACAGAUAUUUGCCUCAUGCGGAUGCGGGGAUAACAGAGAAAUGAAGGAGUUUGCAAUCAAGGUGAAUAACAUGUCAUCGGUUGAGUAAUUAUAGGUUUAUGCUUCGUAGGAAUAUAUUGGUGUGUUUCAAGAACUGCUUGCUGUGUUUGCAGAUAUGUGCCACCGUACUCCUGAAUUUAGUUUGCAAAGAGAGGAAAUUUAA